AUGCCAGAGAAGAGAGUCUUCGUCCUCGGCUCGGGAGUCAUUGGCCUCAGUGUCGCACUCGAGCUUCAAAUUCGCGGCUAUCGUGUAAGCAUCAUAGCUCGUGAUGUCCCUCCCAGUGCAAUCUCAGAGACCGAGGCCUCGGGUACGGCAUCCCCGCUUGACUCACAGGACUGGGCUUCGCCGUGGGCCGGCUUCAACUGGUGCUCUUUCGCUCCUUUGGAGGACAAGGAGACUCAGAGAAGAGAUAGAGCUACAUUUGUGAGAUGGUUGGAGAUGGUAGACCGGAGAGAGGUGCCAAGAGAGACCAUGGAGCUCGUGCCUUUCACAAGCAUCACGAAGGGCGAGAGGGAUUUCUGGUUCGAAGAUCUGGUGCCCGAUUUCAAGUACAUUCAAGACACCUCUGCCUCUGCAGGAUUCACAACUGUGACGUACAAGUCGUUCGUAGCCUCUGCUCCCGCCUAUCUCGCAUAUCUAGUGUCCGAGCUUCUUCAUCCCAAGAAUCCUUCUCUUGUGCCCGUGGAGUUUCAUCAGAGCUCAGCUUUCUCCUCACUGGCGGAGGUCUUCUCCCAUCCCCUGCUCUCAUCCGAGAAGGAAGAGGAUGUCCUGCUCGUCAACGCUACAGGGAUGGGGUCGCUAUAUCUAUCUGAUGUGGCCGACACCUCAGUGUACCCUAUUCGUGGCCAGACAGUUCUGGUCUCGGCUCCAUCCUUCAAGGCUGCUCCUGUCUGCGUCAUGUCACUGCAGUACGAUGAGCCAACAUAUGUCAUCCCUCGCGGAGCCAGCGGUCUGGUGAUUUUGGGAGGAACGUUCGAACAUGACGAUUCGCACCGGGGCAUCAGACAAGAUGCUACCGAGAGGAUUCUCAAGGAUUGCCUUUCUAUUUGCCCUCAGCUUCUGGCGCACCUGCCAGACUAUGAGAAGGUCAUACAAGAAGAUCCAGAGGCCUGGAGGAGGCUCGAAGUAGUCAAAGUCAACGUAGGAAUCCGGCCAGCGAGAAAGGGAGAGACGAGGGUAGAGCUCGACGCCGUCAAGGACAGCAGUGGUAGAUUACGACCUGUUUUGCACGCGUAUGGUGCCGGAAAGGCUGGAUAUCAGAGCAGCGUUGGAAUCGCGCAAGAAGCAGCUGAUUGGGCUGACAGACACUUUGGAUGA